CGAAUACAAGGAAUGAUAACAAAAGGGCAGAGUACAGCAGGCAGAUGAGAAUCCGCUGCAUGUAAACAAAAAUGUUGGCCAAGAAUAAAUAUGUGCCGCGCGUUAAUCAGAUAGAUGCCAUUUAUCUCAAUAAAGACAUAGCCCGCAUGAUACGGGACAAUCUGCUCGAGAAUUUACAGGCAAUAUCGCCAGCGCUUUUUAUCAGAAUACAACCCGAGUUGGAUUUACUUAUACAAUCGGCUAUCUGGUUUGGUUCAGUGGGAAAACGUUGCUCGACAUUUGGUCAACAACUUUUGGUCUUAGCUUACGAUGCGGAAAAGUUAACAGUUUCACGAUUGGCUUUGCAUUUUGCGUUAACUGUGCUGCCGGGAUACGUGAAGAGCUGGGAGGAGAGGCGUCUAUCUCGCCGCGUCGAAUGGUUUAGCAGAGCUAUAACGUGGACGGAGAAUAGCGCCCUUGUCUUGAAUGUGCUUAACUAUUUUCGAUUUCUAAAGACGGGACGGAAACCUACGUUAAUUGACUUUUUGCUGGGGCUGGAUUACAUUAGUUUGCGUAACAAUCAAAGACGCGAUAUUGGCUACAAAUACCUGACCCGUGAAUUGCUCUGGGGCGGCUUUAUGGAAAUUCUGGGUCUCUUGCUGCCGAUAAUCAAUUUUCGUAAAAUCCAAAGACUAUUAAAGGCUGGCUUCUUUGGUGAGGAGUCCCAACAUUCCAAACGACGUGAGAGUUUGAAGCGAGAUCUGAUUGCUGCCAAAAUGACUGCGAAUACCACUUGUACAUAUUGUGGAGAACGUCCUACGCAGCCCCAUCACAUGGGCUGUGGACACAUUUACUGUUACUAUUGCUUAAGCGCUAAUUUAUUAACGGAUGCCGACUUUAGUUGUGUUAAAUGCGGUGCUAGCUGUCCAGAACACGGUGCACAGAUUGUUUAAUUAUUGUGAUGUCAUUUUUGUACACUAGACAUAAA